UUUAGACAAAUCUAGUACGAACUAGUUCAUACCAAAAAAAAAAAUAUUCUGGCAACAAUGCGGUCAACGUCAAACGUCAAGUCAUUAGUUGUCAUUUCUAUAAUCAGGAAAUUUUUUAUUUCCACAGAAGCCGGCGUCUUUUUUGUAUACAUUGAAUAAUUUUAAUACAAAAUUUAAUUAAUUUAAAUAAUACUGUUUGUAACAUAUCUAACUUUAAGGUUGAAACAUGAAUGUCCCUCUAAAAGAAGCUGUGGCGACCUCCAAAGUAUUGGUUGUUGGAUCCGGAGGAAUUGGUUGCGAAGUUUUGAAGAAUUUGGCUCUUUCCGGGUUCAAGGAUAUAGAAAUUAUUGAUCUGGACACAAUAGAUGUGAGUAAUCUAAACAGACAGUUCUUAUUUCGCAAAGAGCACGUUGGAAAACCCAAGGCAGUUGUAGCACGUGAAAGUAUCUUAAGUUACAACCCCGAUAUUAAUAUUAAGGCUUAUCAUGACAGUAUUACAAGUCAAGAUUAUGGAUUGAACUUCUUCAAAAGAUUCAAUAUUGUUUUAAAUGCUCUUGAUAACAGAGCUGCUAGAAACCAUGUUAAUAGAAUGUGUCUAGCUGCUGAUGUUCCUCUAAUAGAGUCUGGCACAUCCGGUUACUCAGGACAGGUUGAAUUGAUUAAAAAAGGAGUAACUCAGUGUUAUGAAUGCCAGCCUAAACCACCACAGAAAACUUUCCCUGGAUGCACCAUUAGAAAUACACCAUCUGAACCAGUACAUUGUAUUGUUUGGGCAAAACAUUUAUUUAACCAAUUAUUUGGAGAGGAUGAUCCAGAUCAAGACGUUUCGCCUGAUACAGAAGAUCCAGAAGCAAAAAUUGAGGGUCAAGAGCAUACUGAAACUGAAUCUGGAAACAUCAAAAGAGCGUCAACACGUCAGUGGACCCAGGAAAUAAAAUAUGAUCCUGCACAAUUAUUCAACAAGUUUUUCAAGAAUGAUAUUGAGUAUCUGUUGAAAAUGGAAAACCUUUGGAAAACUCGCAAACCUCCAGUUCCCUUGACCUGGGAACAGGCAGCUUCUCACGAAGGCGAUACGGCCGAAGAAGAAAACAACGUUAAAUCGCAAGACAUGAAAGUUUGGUCGCUGAGCAAAUGCACUAAAAUUUUUGCUGAUACAGUCGGCGUUCUGAAAGAAGAACUCGCCGGAAAAACUUUUCUAGUUUGGGACAAAGACGACAAACCUGCCAUGGAUUUCGUUACAGCCUGUGCCAAUAUCAGAGCCCACAUUUUUACUAUUUCUACAAAGUCUAGAUUCGAAAUUAAAUCGAUUGCCGGUAACAUUAUCCCAGCCAUUGCCACUGCCAACGCGAUGAUAGCCGGUCUAGUAGUCCUUCACGCUUUUCGCGUACUUCUCCAAGACUAUCAGAAAUGCCCUUCGAUCUAUCUGCGUCAAAAAUCGAUUCAUUCCAAAUUCGUGCUGGCCGCUGAUAAACAGAUAGAGCAAGCCAAUCCUAAAUGUUAUGUGUGCAGUCCUCAACCAUUUGUCAACGUGUUCGUUAAUACCCAGACCAUGACCGUGAAGGAGUUUGAAACUGAAUUGUUGAAAAAGAGUUUGAACAUGGUGGCACCAGAUGCCAUUUUGGAUGGUAAAGGUAUGGUCGUGAUAUCUUCUGAAGAGGGUGAAACUGAAGUAAACAAUGAUAAAAAACUGAAUGAAAUCGGCAUUGUCGAUGGCAGUAUUUUAAAGUGUGAUGAUUUUCUUCAAAACUAUGAACUGACGGUGGCUAUUAAUCAUUACGAACCGCAAGAAAAAGAUGAUCCACUAUACAAAGUUGUAGCCAAUCCUGAUGAAUUGAAAGCCAAAGAAAGCAUUAAUGGUGAGAAAAAUGGCAGUGAAGAGAAAAAAGAGGAGGAAAGUGAUGAAGAUGAUCUCAUGAUAGUCAAUGAACUUGAAGACCCUCAAGAAGGUUCUUCAAAAAGGAGAAAACUCAAUCCGCCUGAAGACAAAGAUGCAGAGGAUGAUGAUUUAUGUGUUGUCGAAUCUUAAAUAAUAAAAUAUUAAGUUGAUGUUUAUUUUUUUUAUAUUUGUAAGUAUAUAUCAUUAAUUUCAUAUUAAAUACCUGCAUUAUUUUGAGAAUGUUUUUUGAAAUUGUUAUACCUAUUUCAAGACAGGAAAUAUAAAUGUAAAACAUGGAAGCCUGUCUCCAUACAUGUAUGUGUUAAAAUAUUUUGGUAAAUAGGAAGUUUUAUUUGAGACAAGUUGUAUAGUGGAAAAGACUUGUGAUUCUUGUUCAUUAUUGUGCUGGAUAACCAGUCUUUUAAUUAGUUUUUUUAACAUUUGUAAUUGUAAUUAACGAACAUAUCAAACUUAAAGAAAAAACAAUUCAAAAAGUGUUCCAAUUCGUGUUAUUUUUACUGCUUUGUCAAUAUUGUUUAUAUUCUUGGAUUAGUUUCGUUCUACAUUAUUUUUACAUAGAAAAAUAAGAAAUUUCAGGAAAUUAAAAAAUUAUAGGUUAUUUUCUUUCUUCUAUACUUUGGAAAUUUUGUGGUAUCUUUCUUUAAGCAAUUUGGUAUUUCUUCUUUUUUAAUUUCAAUUUGUAAUGCCCUUAACCUCUUACAAUAACUAGUCUAAAAAAUUGGCGGCCAAAUCCCUUUGAGAAAAAGGCCACUAAUUUUCUAAUUGUAAAGAAGAAGACUGACAUUUGACAGCUUUUAGACUAUUUAAAAUUCUACAAUUUUUGUUUGUAAAUGCAGGUAUUUCGUUCAAUAAAUAUGUUUCACAUGUAUGUAACAAUUUCAGAUAAUCUUGAAUAUGUAGAAGACAUGUUAAUGGUUUAUAUGGUCAAUUUUGUUUCAUUUUGAUAAUACAUGAACUACAAAACUGUUUAUAUUAAAGGCUUUUGUUGCCAGUCUAAAUUGAAAUAAUGUUUUUGUUAAAUGUUUAUUGAGUUUUGUGUAUAAUUAAACAUUACGUUAAUUUAUUUAAAAAAGUAUGUUUGUGUUUAUGCAGUGCUGAGAAGAUCAAACUUUGGGUUCCCUUUCUUUAUGUUGAUGUUUAUAUUAAAAUGUACAAUUUCUGUGUCAUUUAUGCUUUUAUUAUGUAUUAAAUUGUGUAUUUUUCACAAAUAAACAUCGUUAAUAG